AUGCAGGCUAUCGUCACUCUUUUACUCGUCACUCUUUACUCCUUUCACUCACUUACUCAAGUAUCUGCUGCACCUAUCGAAACGGACAUAACAGUGAGGGCCAAUAAUGCAUGUUUCCCAUCACUCGCGUUUCAGCCUCUUAACCCGCGGAAUGGGCCACCUUCUACGCCUCUUUCUCAGUGGUGGUGUGACGAUGCCACAGAGAACGGAUUCCUUGGCUUUACAUAUGCGGGCUGGGAUUGCCCAUCCCUCAGCAAGCUCAAAUCAGACUUAGGAAGGAUGAGAAGCCAAUUCAAGGCGCGCUAUGUGAGAAUGUAUGGGUCUUGCGACGAUGAUGGGACCUACCUCAAUAACCUUGUAACGGCGGCCUACUCUGUUGGGAUGGGCAUUCACGCUACAAUAUGGUUUGGUUUUGAUGGAGAUGAUUCUUGGAUGGGCAGGCGUGACCAACUGGUCAAUGUCAUCCGAACAAACCGUUUGGCAAAGUAUGUGAUACGCACGGUUGACGUAGGGUCAGAGCCAUUAUUUGACUGGGUUCUUUCUCCUCAAGAUUUGGCCAACCAAAUUUACUACGUCAAGAGCCUUAUAGGAUCAUAUGGAAUCAAGGUCUCCAUCUCUGAGAUGAAGUAUGGGUACGAAGUUCAAGGCAAUGCACAAAUGGUGCUCGACGCUGAAGACGUUGUUCAUGCUCAUGAACUUCCUUUCUUCGACUGGGAUGCGACCACCGGCGAUCAAGCAAUGCCCUCGCUCUUGGAUUCAACCAAUUGGUUUGUCCAGCAAACGUACUGGAACAAGAAAAUUAUCUACAGUCAAACCGGAUGGCCAACAAACGCGAACGUAUGGCAGCCAAACUCCCCGAAUGCGGUGGCCUCUGUCGCAUCUGCGGAGGCAUACUAUCACCUCUUAGACAAUGCUUGUGCACAGCUCAAAGGAAUCACUCCUCGUGGCGGCGUCGGAUGGUUCUGGCACAUUUGGAGUGAUGAAAUGCUGGAUGGCUGGGGGUUGAUUGACUGGAACGGGAAUCCGAAGUGGAAUUUUGCUCCAAAGACGUCUUGUUGA